AACAGCUAAGUGCAAUUGCAGAGGCACCGGAAAUUGAAACCCUUGAGCAGAGCCUGCAUGACAUGAGCGUUGAGGAAGAGGAGCUGGACGAAAAUACCUUCAAUGACCACAUGAACAGUGUGAUUGAUUGGGCAGAAGAGCGGCCCACAUUUCACAGUGACCCGGACGACAGCUCUGAUGAGGAAUAUCUUCCACCAAUUUCUUUGCGAAUGGGUGGUGCACUGAAGGGAGCGCAGUUAAUAGAUAAUCUGCCAACUAUCGGGAUCGAUGAGACUGUGCACGACCUGCCUGCCCCUGAAGUUCUUUCUGAUGAGCCCUUGAGUCUCGAGCAGCCAAUUUUGCCAGGCCCUCAUAAGAUCCUUAGUGAGGAUGAUAUCGUUGGCGUCAGAGCAGCAGUCAUCUAUGAGAACAGCUUGAGGCAGCUGGUCACAUUUUUAACUCUGCCCGUGCACACAUGCACUGGUGUCUUGAGGAAUGGUUUGGUGUGUGACAGUGUUUCCCCCUUUUCAACAAACAUCACCAUCAGGGGCACUGCAAUGAGCUUUGAAUGGAUCUGCCCCAAUGGACAUUGCCAAUGGCGGUGGAACUCCCAGCCUGUGUUACAGUUUGGCAAGCAGGCUGGGGACUUUCUACUUUCAACAAACAUCUUGCUGUCUGGAAACAACUACGCUAAAGUUGCUCUCCUCCUGAAAUUCAUGAACGUCCGAAUGUUCAACCCGAACACCCACUUCACAAUCCAGGACACAUACUGUGUUGACACUAUUAAAGAAUACCGGGAACAGAAGAGGUCUGAGGCCAUCAGCCGACUUCAAGGGAAAGAUGUUGUGCUCUUGGGUGAUGGCAGAAAUGACUCACCAGGGCAUUCUGCACAAUACUGCAGCUACACGACCAUGGAGCUUGAUACCAAGGAAAUUGUCCAUGUGGCCACUAUAGACAAGCGUCAGACAAACUGGAACUCCAAUAUCAUGGAAAAGGAAGGUUUUAUCCAGACUGUGGAAAAACUAACCAAAGAGAUAAAGGUAGUGGAGUUCUGCAAAGAUGCCCAUGUCAAGAUUGGAGCCCUUUUGAACCCAGACAAAGGCAGAUAUAAGAAGCUCAGGAUUCACCACAGCCUGGACAUAUGGCAUGGUGCCAAAAACCUGUCCAAAAAAAUUGCUGUUGCAGGAAAGUUGAAAGGCCAGUCUAUUCUCCUUCACUGGUUGAGGGAUGUAGUCAACCAUGUCUGGUGGUGCUGCAAGACAGCAGAUACAUAUCAGCAGUUUCUUGCACUUUGGAUUGGGGUUCUCCAUCACACCUGGGAGACUGGAAGCUGCCAACAUGAUCAACUCGAAGACACUCAAGGAAAACAGUGGAUUGAGAGGGAUUCCCAGAGCCAAAGCGCUAGUGAACAUUGUCCUCAACAAGCGCUAGCAGAAGGAUGCUCACAAGUAUCUGCACUUCAGUUUUAGAAGAAGUACAACAAGAAUGCGAGGAGAUAUAGCCUCUACGCCUUAAAAUCUGAGAAAUCACAUGGUUAUAUCCCCGAGUUGCAAGCGCAGAUUGUGAAAGGAAGAGUCGCAAGCGGUGUUGGGAUGCUAAGAAAGAGGGCCCUACGCCCGGAUGAUCCAAGGCAAUUUGGUGUUGUGCUCCCAAUACCUCCACCACCGACAUCAGAGUUGGUACGCACACAGGUCAG